AUGACAUUUAUCUCAAAGUUUGAAAAGCCAAUCCACUAAAUUUAGCUUGAAAAAAUAGUAAAAAUUCAUAAGAACUCUGAUGGUUCAAUUCUUUUACUUGAGUUAAGCGACCAUAAGAUCCAGUAGCAGUAAAUGCAAACAGAUCUUAUUGGCCUGCUAAACAUUUUAAACAACACUACUAAUGCAUCUCCAAGUAAGUAUGUGUUGGCACAUAAAUAUUAAGAUGAAAUUUGCUACAAAGAUCCCACAGAAGGAGAUUGCAGACAGAAUUUAUAUAUCAGUCAUGAAAUCUAGAAGUUUGAAUGGUGGAUGCUAGCUAAAUUCGUAACUAAAUACGACUUUUUCAAGGAGUAAAAGGAUGUAGGAGUACUGGUGAUUAGUAAGUCAGGAAUAUAGAAAUCUCAGCAGUUGAAUUACUAUUAUAAUCUUGAUGGGAAGUUUAAGAGUUAAAGACUUACUAACUUCGUAGAAGAUUAUUAGAUAGUCAAUGAACAGUUUAUCUACGUAAUUAAGAGUUAGAUGAAUCAGCAGAAGUUAUUUGUUGUAAAAUACGAUAUUGAUAACAUCUUUGGAAACCCAGUGUCUGUAAGAUUUAACAAGCAUGGAGCUUUUUCCAAGAAUCUAAAUUAUAAGUUUAUUUCCAACUCAGUUGGGGCAAACAAGAAUUCUUAAUUCACUUGUGUAGUUUCGACAAAAUACGGAGACUAAGGUCUUAAGAAUACAGUCUCAUCAAAAAAGUUCCUCUAUCAAUCAGAUCAUAGGGGAGCUGAGUUUUCCUUGCUUCUCGACGAUAUCAAUAUGAUUGAAGAUAAAAUAGUUGAUCUUUCUAAACUAGAAUCAAUGGAUUUCGUAAUGAUAGCUAACACUCAUAAAUCUCAAGCAGCAAUUGAGAACAACGAAGCUGAUACUUUAGAUCUUGAGGACGACACAUUGGUGAGUGUAGAUCUUGAUGAGGACGAAGUAGAGAUGUUCAAGACUACUAUAAGCUAUAAUAAUGGAGCACAGUGGCAUAAAAUCUCUAACAUCUUUGAAAAUAAAGCAAUUCAUUAUAGGUGCUAAGAUAAUGACUGUAAUGUUAAUUUGAUCCUUCACAAGCAUCCAAGCACCCUGAACAUUCCUCAGGUAAAGUCACAUUUCCACAGCAAUGGUGUUAUCAUGGCUAAUGGCUUCUUCGGAGGUUUCGACUUUGAGAAUGUCAAGACUUUGGUCUCAAGUGAUGGAGGUCUAUCUUGGACUAUUAUCUCGAAUUAGCCUUCACACUUUCUUAUUCUUGAUAAGGUUGGCGUAUUAGCACUAUGUUCAUUUCAGAAACUGACAUCCACAAUAUCUUAUUCAUUGGAUUUUCAAACUUCCAAGCAGUUUAAAUUCACAGACUCCUUACUAAUCAUAGAAAACAUAAUACAAGAUAAGCAGAAUCCCUUUAAACUGAUAGUGUUUACAAAGAUACCUAAGAAUAAAGAAUUAAACAGAAGUAACUCUUCUUACUAGCUAUUUGAAAUCAAUCUAAAUGAAAUCCUAGCUAAUGAGAGACCAUGCGAUCAGAAUAGUGACUACGAGAUGUUCCAUCCUCAUGAUAUAAACUAGUUUCACACUUAGUGCUAUAUGGGAGCCAAGUAUUCUUAUUUCCGCAAAAAGACUGCCUCUAAUUGCUACAUAAAAGAUGUGGAUCAAUCCCCCUUAGAGCUUUAAACUCUGAUUAAUAAUCGCAAAGUCACUCCUUGUGAGUGCUCUGACGCAGACUAUGAAUGCGAUGAAGGCUUUCAAAGAGCAGAUGAUGAGUCAGAGAUCUGCAUCCCUUUGGAAAAGAGCGAGACUGAAAGGCACAAAGCAGAAAAAGAAUGCGCUCUCGGUAACUUUUACUAUCAAAGAUCAGGCUAUCGUAAAAUUCCAGGAAAUCUGUGCUAAAACGGCUUGCAUUUGGAUAGAGAUAUUUAAGUGCAGUGUGUUGAUGCUCUCAAAGACUACACACUGCGGUAUUUACUAAUGCUUUUGGGCUUAAGUACAAUUUAUUAUGUCUGCUAUUUAACAUUUUGGUUCUAUCAGACUUAGAAUGUAGAGUAGCAAGUCCUUAACAGGCUGAAGAAGAAAUAACCCCCUAUUAAACGAGAAACUAACAAUAAAGAGGAAGAUAAAAAUUCUUUAAUUAAUUGA